CUGAUGAUCUUUUCAUGUGGGCGCUGCUUUGAGGGAGGUAACAUGGUAAAGGGAUUGUUUUCCAGAAGUCUGGAUUUCUGAGUAAUCCCUUUGAAUAAUUUUGUCAGCUUGACUGCUUAUAUAGUUGGGAUAGAAUGACAAAGUUUUCAAGCAUCCAAAGAAAUCAUUUCAGCGUGGGAGGCUCCACGGACCCAUGUUGUGUGCUCUAGGCAUAGCCAAAGCCACAUCUUUGGGAAAAGAUAGUGAUUGGUGAUUUAGAUAAAAAUGUAAUGGACAGUUUAGACCCUCUGUCCAAAACAUGCCAGUCAGUGGAUGGACAGAUUCUGCUCCGAAGUCCUUAUCAGCCCUUGGCAGAAUGGGAACAGUAAGGACAGCCGGGUAAGUUAUACAUAAAACCGAAUGUAUUCAACCUAACAGAUUGUCUUGCAUUUUGGACUCACACGUUUGGUUUUUUAGCGUUAAAAUGGCUCUUUUUCCAAAAAAAUAAAGUGAAAUAAAAUAAAAAAUAAGGGCUUAUUUUGUGCUGGGCACAAAGUAGAUACCAGUAAAUAUUUGUCUAGUGAACAGAGAAAUGAAAUAAUGGUGACGGUAAAUAAUUAUGUUCGACUUUUUUUCCCUUCAAGCCUGUACUUUGCAAAAUAAAUUUGACUGAUCAGCUUUAGACUGCUCCAGAAAAUUCAAAUACCUAGGAACCUUUGACCUAGAGGAUGCCUGGUUUGAAUUAGAGCUUUAUGGAUGGAACCGGUUCAUGCUUUGUUCAUCUGUUAAACAAUUACAGAGCCCACACCCUGUGGCAGAUGCUUUGCUCUUAAGAAGAUGUGAUUAUUUAAUGCAGGAAAAAGCACCGCUGGUCUAGAUGAGGUGCAUGAAAAGAGCCGAUAGGAAGUUGGGACUUGUGCCAGGAGAGCUAUUAGCUGCUGUGGAGGGAACUGAAGGGUCCUGAGUAGCUCUGCUGCUGCCCGAGGUUUGUGCAAACUUGCAAACAUGUUCACCGUUUCUCAGACCUCGAGAGCGUGGUUCAUCGAUAGAGCCCGUCAGGCUCGGGAGGAAAGGCUGGUGCAGAAGGAGCGGGAGCGGGCGGCCGUCGAGAUCCAGGCCCAUGUUCGCAGUUUCCUGUGUCGGAGGCGACUGCAGAGAGAGAUCCGGAGAGAGAUCGAUGAGUUUUUUAAAGCCGAUGACGUGGAGUCCAGUAAAAGAAGCGCACUUUGUAUUUUUAAGAUUGCCAGGAAACUGCUGUUCUUGUUCAGAAUUAAAGAGGAUAAUGAGAGAUUUGAGAAGUUGUGUCGCUGCAUCCUGAGCAGCAUGGAUGCUGAGAACGAACCCAAGGUGUGGUAUGUGUCCUUGGCUCUUUCCAAGGAUCUCACCCUCCUGUGGAUUAAACAGAUCAAACACAUUCUUUGGUGUUGCUGUGAGUUUCUUGAGCAGCUCAAGCCUGAAAUCUUACAGGACUCCAGACUCAUCACGCUGUACCUCACGAUGCUUGUCACCUUCACAGACACUUCAACAUGGAAAAUCCUCCGCGGAAAAGGGGAGAGUCUUCGACCGGCCAUGAACCACAUCUGUGCAAAUAUAAUGGGACAUCUCAACCAGCAUGGAUUCUAUCCUGUGCUGCAGAUGCUGUUAACCCGUGGCCUGGCAAGACCCCGGCCUUGUCUGUCCAAAAGCACUUUAACUGCGACCUUUUCUCUCGCACUGCGCCCUGUGAUUGCUGCACAAUUUUCAGACAGUCUGCUUCGGCCAUUCCUCAUCCACAUCAUGUCCGUGCCUGCUCUCGUGACUCACCUCAGCACAGUGACCCCUGAGCGCCUCACCGUUUUAGAAUCUCAUGACAUGCUUCGUAAAUUCAUCACAUUUUUAAGAAACGAAGAUCGAUGCCGUGACGUAUGUGAAAGCUUAGAAGGAUGCCAUACGCUUUGUCUCGUGGGCAACCUUCUGCAGUUGGGCUCCCUCAGCCCCAAGGUGUUAGAGGAAGAGACGGAUGGGUUCGUGAGUUUGCUCACCCAGAUGCUGUGCUACUGUCAGAAGUACGUGUCCCAGAAGAAAUCCAACCUGACGCACUGGCACCCCGUCCUCGGCUGGUUCUCCCAAUCUGUGGACUAUGGCCUUAACGAGUCCAUGCCCUUGAUCACCAAACAGCUGCAGUUCCUGUGGGGGGUGCCUCUGAUCCGGAUCUUCUUCAGUGACAUCCUGAACAAGAAGCUUCUGGAGAACCAGGAGCCAGCCCACGCGCAGCCGGCAUCCCCCCAGAACGUGCUUCCCGUGAAGAACCUCCUGAAGCGCGCGUUUCAGAAGUCCGCAUCAGUUCGGAAUAUUCUCAGGCCUGUUGGGGGUAAGCGUGUGGACUCUGCGGAGGUCCAGAAGGUCUGCAACAUCUGCGUCCUCUACCAGACCUCGCUGACGACUCUGACCCAGAUCCGGCUGCAGAUACUCACAGGACUCACUUACCUUGAUGACCUGCUCCCCAAACUGUGGGCGUUUAUCUGUGAGCUGGGGCCCCACGGAGGGUUAAAGCUCUUCUCGGAGUGCCUCAACAAUGACACCGAAGAGUCCAAGCAGCUCUUGGCCAUGCUGACGCUGUUCUGUGACUGCUCCCGGCACCUCGUCACGAUCCUUGACGACAUCGAAGUUUACGAAGAACAAAUUUCAUUCAAACUGGAAGAGCUGGUCACCAUCUCCUCUUUCCUGAACUCCUUUGUGUUUAAGAUGAUCUGGGAUGGGAUCGUAGAGAACGCCAAGGGGGACACCUUGGAGCUGUUCCAUUCUGUCCACGGCUGGCUGAUGGUGCUGUACGAGAGGGACUGCCGGCGGCGCUUUGCCCCCGAGGACCACUGGCUGCGAAAGGACCUCAAACCUAGCGUGCUCUUCCAAGAACUGGACAAGGACAGAAGACGGGCACAGCUGAUCCUGCAGUACGUCCCUCACGUCGUUCCCCACAAAAACAGAGUUCUCCUGUUCCGAAACAUGGUUACCAAGGAGAAGGAGAAACUGGGGCUCGUGGAAACCAGCUCAGCCUCUCCCCACGUCACCCACAUCACAAUCCGACGGUCCCGCAUGUUGGAGGAUGGCUACGAGCAGCUCCGGCAGCUGUCCCAGCAUGCCAUGAAGGGCGUGAUCCGUGUGAAGUUCGUCAAUGACCUCGGGGUGGACGAGGCCGGCAUUGACCAGGACGGUGUUUUCAAGGAGUUCCUGGAGGAAAUCAUCAAGAGGGUGUUCGACCCGGCACUCAAUCUGUUCAAGACAACCAGCGGGGAUGAGAGGCUGUACCCUUCACCCACGUCCUACAUUCAUGAGAACUAUCUACAGCUCUUCGAGUUUGUGGGCAAGAUGCUGGGGAAGGCUGUGUAUGAGGGAAUCGUGGUGGACGUGCCCUUCGCCUCCUUCUUCCUGAGCCAGCUGCUCGGGCACCACCACAGUGUCUUCUAUAGCUCCGUGGACGAGCUUCCUUCACUGGACUCAGAGUUCUACAAAAACCUCACUUCUAUUAAGCGUUACGAAGGGGACAUCGCUGACCUGGGCCUGACUCUGUCGUACGAUGAGGACGUCAUGGGUCAGCUCGUUUGCCAUGAACUGACUCCUGGAGGGAAGACCACGCCAGUUACGAAUGCAAAUAAGAUUAGCUACAUCCAUCUGAUGGCCCACUUUCGAAUGCACACUCAGAUCAAAAACCAGACAGCUGCCCUCAUUAGCGGGUUCCGUUCCAUUAUCAAGCCCGAGUGGAUCCGGAUGUUCUCGACCCCCGAGCUACAGCGUCUCAUCUCCGGUGACAAUGCUGAGAUUGACCUGGAAGAUUUAAAGAAGCACACGGUGUACUACGGUGGGUUUCACGGAAGUCACAGGGUCAUCAUCUGGCUCUGGGAUAUUCUGGCCUCUGACUUCACACCUGACGAGAGAGCCAUGUUUCUGAAGUUUGUGACCAGCUGCUCCAGGCCCCCGCUCCUGGGAUUCGCCUACCUCAAGCCUCCUUUUUCCAUCCGCUGUGUUGAAGUGUCAGACGAUCAGGACACCGGGGACACCCUCGGCAGUGUCCUCCGGGGCUUCUUCACCAUCCGCAAGCGGGAGCCAGGCGGCCGCCUGCCCACAUCCUCCACCUGCUUCAACCUGCUCAAGCUGCCCAACUACAGCAGGAAGAGCGUGCUCCGCGAGAAGCUGCGCUAUGCCGUCAGCAUGAACACGGGCUUCGAGCUCUCCUAGCUCCCGCGCCCGCCCCCACCCUGGCCGACUCCCGGCGUCCCGGGCCCUUCGGCUCCGGGGGUAGUGGCGCCCUGGGAAAGUGACCACAAGCCAGGUGACCUCUCGCUCUCUAUAGCCAUGAGACUCCCCUGUGGCCUCAACAACUUGGGACGCACGUGACAACUCUAUAGCAUUCCCUAGGUGACACUGAUGGGAAGGGUGUUGAGAAUAAACCUCCAAGGUCCGCCAGCGCUGCUCCUUUUCUCCUACUUUCCGGGGGCCUGUGACGCAGAGGGCCUUCUUCUGAUGGUUUGGUUUCUCGGUGAGUCUUUUCUUUCCCUAACUCUGAGCUGCGUAUGAACAAGUCCCAAGAACUCCCAGGGUCCAGAGUGUUUCUCAUGACACGGGCCCGAGUGCGCAAAGCCCACUACAGGUGAGAUGCUCUCCUUCCGUUUCCGAAAACUCUACUCAGGUAAGGCCUCGCCAAGCCUCUAUGCACUCGACAAAGUCUCUGCCCCUCCGGGCCACAGCAGCCUCUCUCCAGACCGCCAGGCUCACCUGCUGCUCAGGGAAGCAGAGGUGCCCGCCAGGGAGGCCGUGGAGCCCAAGAAGUUCAGGGCGCUGCCCCCACCUCGAAACCACGCAUUCCACACAGCGGCAGUGCCCCUUCCCCUGUCUCGCCUCAGAUGCUGUGCGCACUCAGCAGGCUGAGCGGCCGGGAGGCUUCCACUGGCUUGGCCCCAUCUUGUGCACUCACUUUGGCAUCUGGCUUUGGGGGAAAAAAAAACCCUUGGCCCUUAAGAGCAACUCUGUUUCCAGAAGGCUCUGGCUCUUCCCCCAAACCUGCUGAUUCCUAAGAGGGCGGCUGCCUUCUCCCCGCUGGUGUGCCCUACUUGUUGUCUAGUAAGGAACAAGCACUAGCCAAGUUACCCAGCCUGUCCAGGCAGUGACUUUCCUCCAUUGAUGAUAAAGUUGCAAAACAAACAAACAAAAAAACCUUGGAUCUUACCGCUCAUCCAUCCUUAACGCAGGGAACCGGGAGCCCUUUCCCUGAUGGAGGCUCAAAGGGCUGAGGAAACUGAGUUGGGGUUUGGGGUUUUGUUUUUUUUACUUCAUUUUCUCUCCCAACCCAUUAUGCCCCCUCCCCCUGCCCUCAUUCCCACCCCUUGUCCUGAGAACUUUAGUCUAGAUCCAGGGACUUGAGACAGAGGCCGUGUCUGUGGCCUGUGUUGACAGCCAUCCACCCUCACCCACCCCGUCAAGCUCCUUACGCAUCCCUACCACCAAGGUAGAAGCCGGGAGUGCCUGGUCCCUCCUCUGCUCUGUGGAGCCGGCUGAGGGCUGACAGCUCUCUUCCGAGCAGCAAAGCACCUUCCGACAUGCUGGUGGCAAAGCGGGCAAGACCUGUCUCCAUGGCCUCCAUCAGAGGGUCACGGCUGGGUACCACGUCCUGCUCGGGUUCGACCCUGGCUCUGUUAGAGCCCCUGCACUUCUGGAGAACAGAGUUUUCCUUUGAUGGAAAGAUGGCAAGGAAUCUAAAGACAGACAGGAAUUUGUUAUUUAAGAUUUGUUAGUAACCUCUAGAUCUAUGGAUUUGCCACUUCAGAUAACCCGACUCUCCUAAAGCUCUCCUCUGAAUGCGUGCAGGUGCACUGAGCAGGUUUGCACGUUUAUGCUGCGGCCCAGAUUGUCCACCUGCACAAAGACGUGUGAUUCCCCCUCAGCUUUUAUUACCUGAGAAUCCGCCAGCAUGGGACUGCGGAGAGAGUGGUUUCCGAGCACCAACGUCAACUUUAUUUGUUCUUUUGAUGAGGAGGGGUAGUUUGUGAUUUCGUUUAAAUUCUCUUCAACAGCUGGAAAUAUUGCACUAUCUAAAACCCUGCUUCUGUACGUUUAUGGCUGGUGUUCGUGGACACCUCGAUGGCUCUUGAUGGCUCUAAAAAGUUGUGGCAUUUUUUUGUCAUUGUUGUUUCAUAGAUAACCUAGAGAUUAAAACGUGAUCAAAGGCUUUAUUAAAUUUGUACUUCAGCACA